UUUCCUUUUAAAAAAAUGAAUACUUUGAUAGAUUAUUCUAUCUUAUUGAUAUUGCGAGUAUGCAUAAUAUUCAGGAGCAACCCCAAAAUCAGUACUUGAACUGAUGGAUGUGCAAGAUCUCACAUUGGCUCAUGUUAAAUCCCAUCUACAGAUGUAUCGGACCAUCAAAUCUACUGAAAAACCUACAACGUCAUCAGGGCAGUCAGAUACUUGUGAGAAUGGAACACAAGUAAACAGUGGGAGAGAAGCAACGGAUCUCCAAGGUCUAUGGAAUAACUCCUCAAGUGAAGCUCGGUUCCAUUUAAAGGCAAAGGCAUCAUCAGGUGUGGACAUUUCAUCCAAUGAGAAUAAAUGGAAGAAUAUGGAUGGAAGAUGUUCAAGCAACGAACGACUGUCGUCGGAUUCGUCAAGCCUCACAGGGACAAGACGAGAGACUGAAACUCCCAAUCUGGAUUUCACUUUAGCUACACCGAAUCUUUCAGCUCCCUAAAUUUCUAAUAUAUUUAUACUAAAAGUUGUCUAUGAGAAAAAAAAAACAAUAUAUAUGCUUACG